AUGAUGCUUGCUUUCUUGUUAUGUAUUUCAGCGGCAUACGGGCCAAUUAGCAAAAAACAAUCGAUGAAAUACAGGGAUGUCAAAGUGUCUUACUCAUCGACAGAUAUUGCAAAGGAAGCGUGUCAGCACCGCCAUAGAACACAUAAUGCGCGGAAAAAUGAACGGCCGCUAUCCCUCCCAAAUGAUUCAUCACCUGAAUUGUUAUCAACCACUGUUUUGCCGUCUUACGAUCGGUGUGAAACAAUUUUAGAACGUAAGUCGCUGAACAAAGCAACAUUGGUGAAAAAUCCCGUUGCAAUAUUGCCAAAAAUGCUGAAUCAUAGUGUGUCUGCGCGCCCAUUACCAAACGGAGACAAAAGAUUAAAAAGUUUACAGGCAUUUAAGCAGCUAUUUAAAGGAAGACAAGCCAAAAGUCACGACGAUCUGUUCGAGGAUUGUACAUCAGAAUUUAUAAUAGAACAAUUUAUUGUUCAGCCGGUUGAGAGCGAGUGCAAAGCCCGCCCUCACAGUAUGGAUGAGCGUUCACUAAGAAGAAAAUUAUAUUUUCCACAACAUGCUGCUUCAGGCCAUGAAGAAUAUGUGCUUGGAAGAAAAAAUGUUUAUGAGCACUCAUUUUGCUCUUCGCCUGAGAGCGAUGAUGAAUUUCAAAUCGAAGAUACCAUUGAUGUUGGGAAGUAUCUCAAUAAUGAUGUACCACAAAAAAGUUGUUAUUCAAAACAUUUUAGUACAACACACGUUGCGCAACAACAAAAAACAAACGAAGACUUAGGAAAAACCGAUCAAGAAAUAAUACAAUCUUAUGUUGCAAAUAUGCUUAAAAACAGUACAAAACGGUCUGAUAGGAAUAUACUGGUUAUACAGCCAAAAUUGUGUGAGAAGCAGGACCUUACGAAUUUAAAAAUUAUUCAAGUCAAGAUACAGCAGCUUAUAGAGCUUUUAAAGAGUUGCAAACCGUACUUUAGUAUAUUUGAUAACCAACAUUAUCCUUUAUAUUUUCUCAUGGGUCGGGAGCACAGAUUUAACAAGUAUAAAUUCUUAGGCUCCUUAGAAAAGAUCAGAAAGUUAGUAUCAGUUUCCGAAAAUAAAGCUGUGACAAGCAAGAAUUCCUUUCAACACCAUCUUAUCAACGAGCUAGUCGGAGCCAUAGAAGAGGUUUCUGCACAUCUAGACUUGCUAGUGGAAAAAAAUCACGAGCUUGAUGGUUUGUACAGCGACUCGUUUCGUAUCUAUGAGAGUAUUGAGAUCACCUUGGCGCAGAUUACAGAAGAGUUGAGGCUAAACAUAUAUAAAGAUUCGGUAUCCAAAGUUAAAUUCGACCAGUGUGACAUGUUAGAAAAGAUAAUUAGAGAAAUUUACAAUGACUACCAAACGUGGUAUGAGAGUGAACCAAGAAAAGGGAUUUUGACAAUGCAUAUCUUGCAAAUGAACAUUUAUUUUAGUAAAUUAUACCAGAUUGCGAGUACAAAUAGGUUGCAAUAUGCAAAAAUCUGUACAUUAAAUAUAUUAUCGCGUCGAAUACCCGAAUUUAGUGAAAGCUUCAGGAAUUUAAUGGAUUUGUAUUCGAGUAUAUAUUCGCACAAUGAUGCGUUAAACGGACUUUUUAGCAAAAUAAUGGACGAAAUAGUUUUUAGAAGCGUUAUCUAA